GCGUUGUCCCUGCAGGGUUUUGGUUUCGAUCUCCAAGAUGAGGUCGAGGCCGACAUGUUCACCAACGCCCAGAGGAUGGAUCUCGCAGGCAACGCGUUCAACGCGUUCGUGAUAUACCCGCUGAUGUUCGCCAUCGCGUGCUGCGCCCCCUUGUCGAAGGCGUACAAGCUGGCGAAGGGCUUCUCGAACUUCUCGCCCGAGGAGCUGCGGGAGCGGGACGAGGGCCAGAUGCAGCAGGGCCAGAUGCAGCAGGGCCAGAUCGUGGCGGCCCAAGGCGGCCGUCCUUCCGGCGUGGCCCCGCCGGGCGGGGGUGACCCAGACGGCGACCGCGGCGGAGACAGUGGCAGUUCCAUGCAGAGCGACUCGGAGGACGACGAUCCGGACGCUGGCAGCAGUAGCGAUGAGGUCCAGAUCGUGGAUGAGAUCAACCGUGGUGAGGAGAUGUUCAUGGCUCUCGAUACCUACAUGACUUUGUUCGGGGAUUUCGACAAGGCCCGCAACCCAAAGCACAAGAAGGUCACCAUCCAGGGCAACCAGGGCAUUUUGGUCCCCGUCGACGACAGUACCGAGUUCGAACUUUAG